AUGUCUUUGACAGGGGCAGUUCCGUCUUUUAGGAUUGAACAAUGGCUAGUGAUUGUUCUUCUGUUCCUAGACGCGUUGUCCGUGGCUCGCAUUCCUCGGAUUGCACCGUAUUUACUGAACAAAACCAAGGUGUUGGAAGGAAGUGGAAUUAGUAAUGAAGAGUAUGAGACAAUGAAGGAUAUUUUAUUACCGCUUGGCCGUGUUCCUCAGUUUGCUACCCUAAGUGGGGCUUAG